GACAACUACCGAAGGCGAAGCUGUAACGAGAACUUAUGACUCCGCGACUUCUCUUCCGAGUUCGAUCGAGCAUUCUCUCAAAGCUCCCAUAAAUUUUAUGUUGCUCGUUGUCUUUUCGUUCUCUCUCUCUCUCUCUCUCUCUCUCUCGCUGUCCCCGCUGAGAACGGAAGGUUCUUUCCCAUAAUUCUUUCAAAAGGGAGAUCAAAAGAAAAAGAAAAAUAAUGCCGAAUCGCUGCUUGUCUGUGGUUCUAUUCUUCCUUUUGACAGGCUUGACUGCAUCUUCGAGCUUCGUUUCAAACAAUAUCUUUGAAUCUCAUGGAUAUCCUGCUCGAAACCUCCUUCAGACGAAAAAAGAGUGCACUGUGAACUUCGAGAACCUGGACUACACAAUAUUCAAAAACCAAUGCAAAGGGCCCCAGUUUCCCCCAGAGCUCUGUUGUGCAGCUUUGAAAGAAUUUGCUUGCCCAUACGCAGCUGAGAUUAAUGACCUCAAUAGUAAUUGUGCAUCGACCAUGCUCAGCUACAUAACCCAGAAUGAGGGAUAUCCCCCUGGCCUGUUUUCCAGUGAGUGCCGAGAAGGGAARGAUGGACUGAAAUGCAAUGCCACAGCACCGGUGGGAUCUAGCAAUGGUACCAGCGGAGCCCAGAUUGGGCAAAUUCUAUUGCCUUUCCUGUUGUUUGUAAGUUCGUCCCUCGUGUUAUUACUGCUCCAAAUGUUAUGAAGCCCAGAGGUCUGAUCAUUUGCAUUCAGAUUUCAGACUCUCUGUGUUUGUUUUAUUGUGUUUGGCCCCUCCAACAAACAGCUUUUCAAGAACCAUGGCUUUUCUGCAGCCAGCCAUGUUGUACUUUCUGUAUCAAAUAAACCAUAUUGGACUAUGUUUGUAUUCUAGACUUCUAGUACAUUUGGAAAAGUAGAAAUGAGAAAGCAUGAUUCAAA